AUGACAGAAGAAAUAGUAAAUGGUGCACCUGGAACUUCAAACACCAGGCGGCGCUUGCGGACGGCGCCGUUACUAACUCCCGGACAAAACUCCGAGCAAAGUCCAAAAUUGAGUGGACGUAAUAGGAGUUCCGGCGUAAGAAAAUGCCUGCCCGGCAAGAGAAGGGGAAACAUCAAGAGGGGAGAGGUCCAACGUGAAGAGAUAGCAAGAACCAGAAGAGAAAAAAGUCUAGAGGAAUUUGAUACACGUGUGGAUCUGUUAAACUGCAAUAGCGGGAAUGUAGAAACCUCUAGCUGUAGCAACGUCCUCGACAGUGUUAACGACCACACCGUCAGAGCCAAAGCUAAUUGGUGGACUGAGGAAGAAGAUAACAUCUUGUAUAGUUUAUUGAAAGAUAAAAAUGGCCGAAUUAACUGGAAAGAGGAGAAAAUAAAUGCGGCUCUCGGCUCCGUCACGGGUAAGGCAAGAACGAUCGCAUCAGUAAAAGCCCGAUGGGCGAUACUGAAAAAGUCUAGAGGACUGUUAUGUGAGCGAUCGGGAUUUCAAGAAAGAGGCAGGCCAAAACAAGACCUUGGCCAGGGAGAAAGUUCUUUUGAAAUAACACCGUCAAUAGAACCAGAGAAGAAGAUGAGCCAAGACCCGAAAGGUGGGUCUAUACCUGAAGGUAAGCAGGUAAGACAGGAUUCCACGAGAGAUUUGCGCCACUGGACUCAAGCCAAAGAUCAAACUUUGGUCCAGCUGUGUGCAAGUCCUAAAAUACAGUGGAAAAGGGAAAGAAUAGUCGAUAGGCUACAAGAGAAGACAGGUAAA